AUGGUCGACCGAGGUAUAUUCAAUGAGAAGAAAGGUAUACCCUCCUACCUUCGUCCUGACUUGAGAGAGGGCACCAAGGCCCUACCCACAGGGUUUGCUCCAGGAGGAUGGGACGUUAUCUGCCACUCAAACAAGGAGGCGGAUGAACACAUUGGCAACCGUAGAUUCGAUUUUUGCAUUAAGAAUCAUCUUGAAACUUACAACAACGCAAAAUCAAGGGCCGAGAAGUCGGCUGUGAUAAGUGACAUUGUUGUGAGCAUAAAGGAAUCGUCAGCAGCAGGGAUUGGGUUUGUACGGUAUGAUAUGGAAAGGAGGCGGUGGUAUCAGGUGAGCGACAAAAUAGCAAGAGACAAGGUGGGGAAAAACCUUAGGGCAUACAACUCCAAGAAGAAACAAAAAGACAAACCAAAACAAGACAAACCAAACGAGACGCCGCCUUCAAGUAGAACGAGGGCAAUAUCGGAAGAGUUCAUUCGAGCUCCUCUCGAGCUUCCACCGGCAAUACCCGGUGUUCCCAAUACGAUCGCCUGGACACAGAUGAGAAAAAUGGAUGGCGCUCAUACGAUAUGGUCAGAUGCGCAAUUAGCACCGCCCAACACGUCGAUUGAUAAGAUUUCGCUCAAUGACUGUUAUGAUGAAGACACUCCUAGCGACGACAAUAGUCUAAUUGACUGGUUCGAGGCGGAUGUUAAGGGAAUGAAAUCGUAG